AUGGCGGACCAGCAGUACAAGCCCACUGAGCACGGAGGCCUCAAGCAGGACGGCACCCCAGACAAGCGCGUCGGUACUGGCGAGUUUGCCCAGGGCAAGGUCGACCCCCAUGAGGCUGGAAAGCAGGGUGGUGCUACAUCCGGCACUGGAAGCACCGACUCCUCCACUGGCUCUUCAGGAUCCGGCGGCAGUGCCAAGGGCGAGUUUGCUCACGGCAAGGUCGACCCCGUCGAGGCUGGAAAGAAGGGUGGACAGACGUCUUAA